UCAUUUUCAUUUGAAUGGUUGUGCACCAGGCCUUGCUUUGAUGGAGAGGCUUGGGCCAACUCGGAAAUGGACUACUGAAGAUCAGACAGGCACUCAAACAGGCAUAUCUGGAUCUUCGGCCGGCAGAUUCGACAAUGGUUUCGGACAAAUAUCGGAAAACCAUCGGAAACUGAGAAAGACUUAUGAUGAAGAUGGAAAUGAGUCGCAGCAGCUGAUCGCCACAGACUAGAAGAUUCGCCUUUACAUCGAUUACCAGUGUUUACGUAGUUUUUUUUAAAUAUCUUUCCGCGGCUUCCACAACAAGGAAAGCAUAAUUAAAGAGCAAAUAAAAGAGUUAAUGACUAAGAUAGGCUUAAUGGGUUAUAAAUGGAAUUGGAAUUAGAAAGCCAAAUUGGUAAAUGUUAACCAAAAGAGCUCUUCCUCGACAUGGUGUCUGAUGGAUAGUCUUUCAUUUUCGUUCAAGUUCUUCAAACAGAAUGUUCCUUUAAGAGCUACUUAUUGCGAUCGACUUAAGGUUGCACUUUGAGUAUACAUAUUAACACAAUUAGCUCAACUAUAAAAGUUUUACUCCAUAAGGUGAGAGUGUAACAUUUGUCAUUCUGCAGGUAAAUAUGGUAACGUUCGACAAUGUUGUUUAAAAGCCCAGAGUCCGAUCUUAAAUUUUAAUAACCAUUAUUGUCAACGUAAAUUCGAUCUUAAGUUUCACUUACUGAAAUAAUAAUGUUUCUUAAGCUUGACAUACUUCCGACGCAGCUCACUUAAAAAUCUAAAAUCAAAACUAGACAUGGGUCAAAUUUAGGAAAUGCCAAAAAAGUAAUUCUAGGUUAUUGGUUUUUAUUACACGGCCUCUGACAAGCUGCCUCCAUGUUCCAGACAAAGUCUGCAUUUGACAUCUGAGUGUCUGUUGAGGAAGUGUUUCAAGCUUUCCAUUGUUAAAACUCGACAGUUUCGACACAGUGAAGGAAACUUCUAGAACAGAAAGGCGUUGUUUACAGCUACAGGUGAAGUUUUUCUAAGGCAAACCAAACUUCGUUUAUUGAUUAUUGGCAAGGCUUUUAAAUGCAAAGGACGACUGAUGUUCUGCUAAAAUGUUCAAAACAUCGACUUGCAUGAUGACGAAGGCUUUCCUCCUCGGCGAUCUUCUCGUCUUCAUUUUGACAACUACUUUGUCGCUUGGAGAAACUUAUGAGGGGCAAUCUUCUUAUUAUUUGAUUACUAAUAGCGGGGAGGCUUCAUCCAGUGAUUCAUUCGAAGUGUAUAGGGCACUUGAUGAGUUUGGAUGCAUGUCCUUGUGUAACAACAAAGAUGGAUGUGCAAAAGGCGUUUACGACCAUGACAGGAGAUCGUGUUUCCUGGAGAUGGACGGUUGCAAAAAACGGAAAGAAAACAACCGUGGGGAAGCGAUAUUGUCGACAGGGGAAAACUUCGUUUUGUUUAACAAGCUUGGUCGUACUUUCGAUCUCAAGGAGCGGAAAUUUCAAGGGGAACCAGCCGGUAUGUGCAUUUCGUCAACUCCUCUCUCGUGCAAAGAGAUCUACGACACCAACAGGUUGGCGCAAAGCGGUGUUUAUUCCGUUUUCCCAGAAGGAGUGACCGGCCAAAAAGUACAGGUCUACUGUCACAUGACUGAAAUUCCCGGAUGCGGAAAAGGGGGCUGGACAUUAGUAAUGAAGAUUGACGGCGCUAAGGAUACCUUCCGUUACAACUCUCGUUACUGGAACAGUACAGUACCCUUCCAACCGUCGUCAGCUCUCAAGGGACUGGACCACAAUGAAGCAUUAUCCCCUGCUUACUGGACCAUUCCGCAGACAAAGUUGUGCCUCGGUAUGAAACAAAACUUGGAGAGGGGAAUGGCACUAAACUGGAUCCUAUAUCGGUUCACACACGCGCAAACGCUUCACAGCUUAAUCUCUGAUGGAGGUUACAGGUUCACAAAUCUUGGCCGAAAGGAAUGGUUAUCGCUGAUGGUGAAUUCCUCGCUGGGACCUGGAUGUGCGGACGAGGGAUUUAAUCCAAGUAUGAUUAAACAACGAGUUAGGAUCGGCAUGGUAGCUGGAGAGAAAUGCCCUUCACCGACAUGGGCUAGCCUGAUCGGGUUUGGUUCCACUGGUAAUUACUCCUGUGGAAACUUGAAAGGAGAUGAUCCUUCUAAAAUGAAGUACAUACCAUCAUUUGGUUACAUUCUUGUACAGUAAAGAUUUCAAAUCCAUGUAAAUACAUGUAUAAGCUUACAAUCAUACGUAUUGUAAAUAACUGACAGUUAUAGCUCUCUUAACUAUAUGGCUGUCUCACAGGGACUGAGAACUACCGAAUUCACGAAUUUGAUUGGCUGAAAUCGAUAUUGACUGCGGUCUAGAUUUUCUUAGACCAGCAUCUAGACCGGUUACAUUUUACGGUGAUAAAGUUUAAAACUAAACUGCAAAAAUAUCGAUUAUUUUCUUCUAAAAAUAUUAGUUCCAGAAAAUAUUCAUAUUCUGGAAGUGCCAAAAAGCCUGAUGAGAAAAAAAAAAGGGUAAAGAGGACGAGCAACUUUGAGAGAUUUAGUUCAGUUCAUCGCCGUUCGCAAGCAAAGUGUCAGCGAGUAGAAACCAGUUACAUUAAAAGAAUUAAA